AUGAUCCAUCCUUCUCUUCGAACCCGGUUCACCAGGAUUGGCAGAGGAUAUUCUCGAGAAGUUCUCUCUGGAACUGAGUGCUUCCAGAACAUGGAUAUUAAGACGGACGUCGGACUCAACCCUCUCGAGAAACCUCCCUUUUUGGCCAGCUUCGACGGCAAUAGUAUCUGUAUUGUUGUGAAUCAUAUAAUCGUUGAUGGACACUCGAUGCAAAUUAUUGUGGAUAGCUUGGCUCAGAUACUGAAUCGCCAGCAAGUUACAAUGGAUGAUGGUCUCAUGCUCCAUUCCUGGCUGCGGGAGCGGUUCCAAAACUCGAAGGAGGAUGACGUAAAGUACUGGAAAGGCCUGUUGAAAGAAUACGUAUACAAUCAAUUACCGACAACGUUUCCUAGAUUGGUAGUCAACAGUUCAGAAGCGGGAACAUUGGUUUUACCCGGUGGUCAGCUAACCUCGAAGGUCCAGUCAUGGAUCCGACGUUACGGCUGUUCUCCCUUUGUGGCUGUACUCACCCUUCUGUCAAGAACUCUCCAACAACACAGCUGUGACCCUCAACUUCCGAUCGCCAUAGGAUUUCCUGUCAACUUACGAACGCAAGAGCUUCAGAAUUCUGUGGGAUACGGUGUCAAUACUGUGUUGGUGCUGCAAGAUACACGUGGUACUCCAUCAGAGGUGCUGCAGAGUAUGAUGGGCCAGGUUGCGAAGGCUAUGUCGCAUGCUUUCGUUCCUUAUGAAGAUCUCAUUGAACUGUCUCCAUCUAAGAAACUCUUUAGCGUGAUGCUUAUUUAUGACAGCUAUUCCGUCUACGAAAAUGAAGAGAUUAUAGUGACACCAGCUGCUGCUUCAGUUACAAAGUUCGAACUUUCCGUUUUCGUUGAUCCUGACGCAGAUACCAUCCAAUACGAAUACAACAGAAAUCUCUUCGAUCAGGAAUACAUCAGUAAUCUUGCACAAACUUUCCAAAAUGUAAUUUGUAACUGGGAUUAUCACAUUUCUCCCAAGGUAAAUAAUCCACUCCACAUCGGACAAGUACUAUACGACCCUUCCGACAUCAAGGAAACUCCUUGCGCCCUUACCGGUUGA